GUGCUUUGAACUGUCACACAUCAACUGCAGUGGAAACGUCGUAAAAUAAUUUUAAAAAACGGUUUGCCUCUGCCUACAGAGUUUAGAUUUUAGCCUAUAUAUUAUGGAUAUGAUAUCGGAAAAUGACAAUAAAACAAUAUGCAAUAGUGAAUUGUGUACUAGCAAGGAGGCUUCCCUGAGAGAACCCCCUUCGGAUUUGUGCGCCGACAAGAAGGACGCAUCAUCUAUACAGCCUAAAACACGUCUUUUACGGGAUGUCGAGGCAAAAGAGAAUCAAUUUAUUUACAACGCCCUAUAUAAACCUUUGGACGAUGCGGUAGACGAACAAAUUAACCAAGAACUCACAACCAGUGAAAUGCUUCGCCAGAUGGAUCUCUCCAGGGAGGAUUUCCGGAGGGCAAUUUCGAUGCCGAUCUCUGAGAAGAGCAAAGGCUGUGCACUUUUAUUUACGCAACUUCAGAGUGCGCAUUCUCAGCGUGUGAUAAAUGUCUUUAUUGGGUUUAGUAUCGUUAUGUUUACAUUUCCUAUUUUAGUUUUACUCUUUGGAAUGUAUUAUAUUGCCCCUUUGUUAGGAAUAAAUCCGGUCGUUUGCGGAGGAUUUGCCUCUCUCGUAUCUGUUGUAGCGCUCAUGAUAUGCUACACGAUCUAUGCGUUUAUGGAAGAUACUUCGACUUCCUCAUCGCAUUCGGAAGUUGGGGAUAAAAAAAAGAAUUAAGUUAUAACACCUCGGUAAUCUAUUCAUAGUGCAACAACCAGUAACGUUAAAAAAA